CUUCAAAAGCUCCUCCAUCCCCUCCUCCUCUAGCGUACAUAUACCGUCCCGGCGUCGCCUACGCAGCCGGCGUAUUAUUCCCCUAAUCAUGCAGCUAGCUCGAGCUCGUCCUGCGGUCGGCAGAAGUCUGGUCAGGCCUCGGCCGACGGGCCUUCCGUCUCACGCCCGGCUCCAGCUACUGAGGAGACCAGCAUCUACGGACUCUACGGAGUCCGUACCUAUCUCUCCGCCCAAACCACCAACUUCAUCGCUCUGGAACCGCUUCCUCCAGACUGUCGGAGGCGUGACGCUCGUCACUGUCGGUUCCCUCGGGGUGUUCUACUACUACGCGCAGAAGGACAAGACGCCCGGAGAGCAGCUCCCUCAUGACCCGAGCAAGAAGACGUUGGUGGUGCUGGGCAGCGGCUGGGGUGCGACGAGUCUUCUCAAGUCGCUGGACACGACCGACUACAACGUGAUUGUCAUCAGUCCGAAGAACUACUUCCUCUUCACUCCUCUCCUACCCAGUGUUGCCGUGGGGACGCUGAGCCCGCGUUCCAUCCUCCAACCCACUCGCUACGUCACCCGUCACAAAAAGCGCCAGGUGUCGGUGAUCGAGGCGUCUGCCACAGAGGUCGACCCCAUCGCGAAGACCGUCAAGUUCGCAGACACGUCCGAAAUUCAGGGUCUAGUCUCAACAACGGCGGUCAAAUAUGAUUACCUCGUGUUCGCCGUCGGCGCUGAGGUGCAGACAUUCAACAUCCCCGGUGUCAAGGAGAAUGCGUGCUUCAUGAAGGAGCUUGAGGAUGCGGAACAUAUGCAACGCCGUUUCCUGGACUGCCUCGAGACUGCCGCCUUCCCGGGCCAGACCCCUGACGAGAUCUCUCGUCUCCUGCACAUGGUUGUUGUCGGCGGUGGCCCGACCGGUGUGGAGGUCAGCGGUGAGAUCCACGACUUCCUCGAGCAGGACCUGCGUUCGUGGUACCCUGAGCUCGCGAACAACGUGCACAUCACGCUCGUCGAGGCGCUGCCCUCCGUGCUGCCCAUGUUCAGCAAGCAGCUGAUUGACUACACCGAGUCCACGUUCAAGGAGGCCAAGAUCGACAUCCUCACGAAGACGAUGGUGAAAGAGAUCAAGGAGAAGAGUGUCGUGCUCCAGAUGCCGGACAAGAGCAUGGUUGAGGUGCCGUGUGGGCUCGUCGUCUGGGCUGCGGGCAACAAGCUGCGCAAGGUGACGCAGGACCUCAUGGCGAAGCUCCCGCAGGCGCAGACGAACCGCCGGGGAAUCGCCGUUGACGACUACCUCCGCAUGGUCGGUGUGCCCGACAAGUCGAUCUUUGCGAUCGGCGACUGCACCGCGACGACGUAUGCGCCGACCGCCCAGGUAGCCUCGCAGGAGGGCGCGUACCUCGCGCGCAUCCUCGCGCAGGUUGCGAAGCGGGACGCGCUGGCUGUGCGUUUGCAGGCACUCCAGGAAGCGCCUGCCGCAGAGGAGACGAAGCAGGAGGUCGCAAGCGUGCAGAAGCAGCUAGCGAAGGCGGAGAAGAUGCGGCCGUUCCAUUAUUCACACCAGGGAUCCUUGGCCUACAUCGGAUCGGAUAAGGCUAUCGCUGACCUGCCCUUCUUCAACGGCAACCUGGCGACUGGAGGUGUUGCGACGUACUUGUUCUGGCGCAGCGCCUACAUAAGCACCCUGUUCUCCCUGCGGAAUCGUGUCCUCGUGGCAAACGAUUGGUUGAAGGUCAAGCUCUUCGGGCGUGACGUGAGCCGGGAGUAGAGAAAAACUCAGGAUUCGCCUGAGUAGGUGGCACGGACACGCACGCUAGGACGAGCAUGACAUAGAGGUAUUUACGAUCCGUUUAGUGACCUAGACUGUUAGUUACUGGCUACUACAUAUCUCCUUGGAUGGAUGCGAUAUUGUGACGCUUUCCUACAGCUCUACAGCAAAUCCGGUACAAUCGACAAUCCAGAGCACAGAAACAACGCCGUAUCCGCUUGGCGUGCAAGCCCGGUGUCUGCGGCACUUAGUGCGGCUGUUCAAGAUGGCCGCCCUUGUUUUAGUCUGGACUAGCAUGGGUAGCAAUCAAGUGCUGGUUUGGAGACAUCGCCGCGUCACGUCGGUC